AUGGAGGUGAAGAGACGAACAGCGAAGACUCUGGUGGCGAAGCUGAGCUCAGUGUCCGAACAGUCUCGCAAGGAAGCUCUCUCUGAGCUCCGACUCAUCACCAAGCACGACCCCCUAAGCCGACCCCUCAUCGCCGACGCCGGAGCAAUCCCUUUACUCGCCAACACCCUCUAUUCUCCCUCCUCCACCUCCCAAGACAACGCCACCGCCACCCUCCUCAACCUCUCCAUCUCCUCCCCGGAAACCCUCAUCUCCACCCGCGGCCUCCUCGACGCCCUCUCCCACUCCCUCCGCCGCCACUCCUCCUCCUCCUCCUCCGCCGCCGCCGCAGCCGCCACCCUCUACAGUCUCCUCACCGUCGACGAUUACCGCCCCAUCAUCGGCUCCAAGCGCGACAUCGUCUACGCCCUAAUCGACAUCGUCAGAAACCCUAAUUCGCCCUCGAAAUCGAUCAAGGACUCUCUCAAGGCCCUGUUUGGGAUCUCUCUCUACCCGCUUAAUAGAUCCACGGUGAUUGAAUUGGGGGGAGUGAAUGCUAUUGGUAAAAGUUUUAGGUGA